CCUUUGUCGUUUUGAAGCUCAUCAACAAUGGAAGCUUCAACUCUCAUUCUUCUUCUAAUCAUUGUGCUGUUGCUUGUCUCUGCGGGAAAACAUGUGAUAUAUCCUUGCCGCAACUCUAUACCGAAAACAUACCCGGUUAUCGGAUGCUUAAUUUCAUUCUAUACCAACCGCAACCGGUUACUGGAUUGGUAUACAGAGCUCCUAAACGAAUCCCCGAGUAGGACGGUAGUCAUUCGCCGCUUAGCUUCCCGGAGAACCGUAGUGACGGCGAACCCCUUGAACGUGGAGUAUAUCCUCAGAACAAACUUCGACAACUAUCCCAAAGGCAAACCCUUUACGGAGAUCCUCGGAGAUUUUCUCGGCAAGGGAAUCUUUAACGUUGACGGAAACCUCUGGUUAAAGCAGAGGAGACUUGCUACUCACGAUUUCACCCCAAAGUCGCUGAGAGAAUACGUCACCGUUUUGAGAAACGAGUUCGAGAAGGAGCUCUUAGCAUUUCUAAACGCAGCUGCGGAAGAUUCACAACCCUUCGAUCUUCAGGAGCUUCUCCGUAGGUUCACUUUCAAUAUUGUAUGCAUUGUUUUCCUCGGGAUCGACCGUUGCUCUUUAAACCCGUCGUCGCCUGUUUCUGAGUUCGACCGAGCGUUCCAGACAGCUUCUGCGGUUAGCGCUGGACGCGGUUCCGCACCGCUGUCUUUUGUGUGGAAGUUUAAGAGACUGGUAGGUUUUGGAUCUGAAAAAGAGCUCAGAAACGCUAUCGGACAAGUUCAUAGCUGCGUCGAUGAGAUCAUUCGGGAGAAGAAGAGGAGGCCUGCCAACCAAGACUUUCUGUCGCGGUUGAUCGUCGCCGGAGAAAGCGACGAGACAGUGAGGGAUAUGGUAAUAAGUAUCAUAAUGGCGGGGAGGGAUACCACAUCGGCGGUAGCCACACGGCUGUUUUGGUUGAUCACCGGUCACGAGGAAACCGAGCACGAUCUGGUUAGUGAAAUCCGAUCGGUUAAGGAGAUAACCGGGGGGUUUGAUUACGAAUCAUUGAAGAAACUGAGUUUGUUGAAAGCGUGUUUGUGUGAAGUGAUGCGAUUGUAUCCUCCGGUGCCGUGGGACUCCAAACACGCCUUAACCGAUGACCGGUUACCAGACGGUACGUUGGUGCGUGCAGGAGACCGGGUAACGUAUUUUCCAUAUGGUAUGGGGAGAAUGGAGGAGCUUUGGGGGGGAGAUUGGGAUGAGUUUAAACCAAACCGGUGGGUUGAUGAGUCGUCCUAUGAUAAAACCUGCAGCAGAGUUUUGAAAAAGGUGAAUCCGUUCAAGUUUCCGGUUUUCCAAGCCGGCCCAAGGGUUUGUCUCGGAGAAGAGAUGGCGUACGUGCAGAUGAAGUACGUUGUGGCUUCCAUACUUGACCGGUUUGAGAUCGAACCGAUCCCUACGGAUAAACCGGGUUUUGUGGCGAUGCUCACGGCUCACAUGGCUGGUGGGAUGCAAGUCCGCGUUCGACGGAGAGAUCCUUCUCUUUCUCCUUGAAUAUACAACAAAGUCAUGGAUCAUGGCUUUCUUUUUUGUGUAAAACGUCUCCAUGAUCAUUAAUCAUACCCAAAUCUGUUUUCUGCUUUGGGUAAACAACCCAACUUUAUUUUUAUUUUUUUAACCUUCAAGUCAUAAAUGUCUCUACUAAAUUUUGAGAUUUGAA